CUCCUACAGCUCUAACCUCAUCUCCCCUGCUGAUGCUGAAGAGGAUUUUAGUGGAGCUGAAGACAGGUAGACAAGGAGGAGAAGACAGAAGAAGAGUCAGAGCUCCAGGGUCUGGUGCAAGUCUUUGAAAAAUGCCAUCUUCCUUCAGCAGACUUCUCCAGUUAUUUCUUGUGUUGCUUUUAAUGAUGAAUUUCUUGAUGUGCGCCAACACAUUUGAAGCCAGAGUAAAACGUAAGAGAAUCUCAGAGAACAAGUAUAAUGAAGAUGUGUGGCAUCAAGAACAUCCUGAGAGACCACACAAAAGGUCAGGGGUGGCCAAGAAAGACAGGACUCGUGGUGGGGUGCCAUCUUUUAUAGCCGGAGAGGAUGUGGGGGAGUCAGGGGGUGGCCGGCAUCUGGGCAAUAAGAAGCAAGAAGGGUUUCAAAAUUUUGAAUUUCCUUAUAAUGAGAGAGAAAACCAACCACCGGGAAUUCACACCAAGGGAAGGAAGCACAAGGAGCAAAGAAGGGGCAAUCACAAGAUGAAGCACCAUAGAGGCAGAGGCUUUGAAGCCGAGCCCAGUGGUCUUUUGAAAGAAGAUUUAAGCCUCCGAGAUCCCACCCAGCUAAUUCACGCUGAGACAUCACCUGGUGUGUCAGCCACCGGUCCACCAUUAACCAUCACAAAGCCGAUGUAUAUUAACGAGCAGCAUCCCACAGCAGCGGUGGAGACACAACGCCGCGCCAAGUCCCAUGGAAAAAAGGGAGGGGAUGUGAUGCCUACAUUAGACAUGACCUUGUUUGAUUGGACAGAUUAUGAAGAUAUGAAACCUGACACAUGGCCAUCCCCAAAGAAAGGUAAACAGCGGGAAAACCUUAAUACGACUUCACUGGGUGAAGCGGAGCCGUGUGAUCAUCAUCUCGACUGUCUGCCAGGGUCGUGCUGUGAUUUACGGGAACAUCUCUGCAAACCGCACAACCGAGGGCUUAAUAACAAGUGUUACGAUGACUGCAUGUGCACUGAAGGGCUCCGCUGCUAUGCUAAAUUCCAUCGCAAUCAGAGAGUAACCAGGAGGAAAGGAAGAUGUGUUGAUCCAGAGUCCAUUAACAAAGAUCAGGGAUCCUUUAUUUCUGUCUGAAUUGUAUAUGUGCGAUCUGGAGUGUAGAGGAGACCUGACAUACGCCUCUGGCCAUGAAUAUUUGUAGCUCUUGUCCUUUACUGUCAUUCUUUGUAAUGACAAGGACAAAUUUGUACACUAAAAUGUGAGUUACUGUGACACAAAUGACAGCGGCUCUUUUGCAAAUAUUUCUGUGCACAUUUAUAAUGGGACUGCACUUGGUAUUCUCAAUCAGGUGCUAAAUAGUUGCUUUAAUGGCAGAGAAAAUG